AUGGCCACCAAUGCCAUCACAGCUACGUCGAGCACAAGUUGUUUGUCAAGCCCAGUAGGCUCUGCCACCAAGCAGAGGUGGUAUGAUUCCAUUCGCUCGAGGAGUUCCCAGAUACCGAUGCCGAGCAGCCCGUCUUCAUCGUCGCCGACUUUGAAACGACGGUUGUUCAAAACCGCCACCGUUGAAACUGACGAGAAAUUGAUGGCUGCGCCAGCUUGUGAGGGCGACGUCUCACCCACCGUCCUGGCAAGAUCCCAAAGGUCUGCUCAAGCACAAGCACUUCGAACUCCCCUUCCGAAGCUUGACCUUCCGGGUCUCGACCCGGAUCUGCGAAGGACUACGACCUUCAGAGCCUGUUCCGAAAAAGUCAUCCAAGACAUUGGAAGGCAGUACGAUGGCACAACGCAUGGCUCCAUGCCGAGGCUCGACGCAAACAGAGAUAUCAUGUCAGCCACGGGCAGCAUGAGACUCAGACGUGCUGAGGUUAAAAUUAGGAACGUCUCUCAGGAACUCCAAUCCAUCUUGGGCAUGAAGUGUGACGUCCAUUAUCCCUUGAUCCCUUCGACGCCCUCCCACACUGAGCACUUCGAAGACACGGGAGCGGCACUUUCGAAUUACUGCCUCAACAACAUGCUCUACGGAAACUCAGACUACAGCAACAUCAUCCUCUGGACUUUCCACACCUCCAUGACGUCGCCUUCCAAGGUACAACAAAGCUUCACCGUCCUUCCAAAUUAUCUCAAGCCGGACCGACAUGCACUAGGCGCCACCUACCAGUGGGCAAUAAUCGUCUUCAGAAAUGGUCCUGCCCCGAGCAGAGUGCCUUGUGUAGUAAGACAACAAGAAAAGGCUCUGCAAGCCGCGGUGGUCAAAGUCGUGAACAUGGGCUAUCACAUUGACGUCUGGACCAAAUCAGACAACUACUCCUGGAGAGAGGCCAAGCUGCAGGCUCUCGGCACUGGAGACUGCCAGGGCCCUGACCAGUCGCUUCGUGAGAAAUACCAGGCAAUGGUCGGUCACGGUAUUCCAGGCUUCUCUUGCCACGAGAUUCAGACCUUUGACGAAGUGUUGCGUAUUCGAGACCCAAGCUUGGACUCGGGAGACUCCGAGAGUGUGUCGUCUGAGAUUGCUCUGCAAAGCAAGCCUAAGACUGAAGGUGAUCCUGGAUGCGGAUCCGACUGCGAGUCUGAAUUUGGCGGCUUCCUCGAGCACCAGGAAGAGAGCAUCUUACCGGACGGCUCAGAAGCCCAGUUCAAGCUUUAUGAUGACUCCCACAUCAGCGGAGUCUCAGAGGACUUGGACAUGGCGGCGAGAUUGGGAGGGAAGACGGUCACAUGA